UUCCGUGGAGGUGAUGGUAUAACUUAUCCAUUUGGCGUCCACGUCAUCCACACUAAGUACUUCAGUCCAGGGAUGGUGUGUGUGUGUGUGUUGUGUGUGUAUGUGUGUGUGUGUGCAACACUUAUAGUAUUACAGUCCACAUUAUCAUGAGCCAUUUACUUCAUACUGCGUUUAGUGUCGCGUCGCGGUUCCCACUGCUCAGUAAAACCAACACUACUUUAUACCCUUGUGUAGCUGAUUAAAGAUUUAAGGUUGGGGAGUAACUGCGGUUGAAAGAACGAGUUUAUUGUCUUGGAUUUGUACCAGUGAGCUAAGUUGUGUUUCUCUUCCUCUCCCCAGGUGCAGCACUCCAGCCUACUGUGGUCAUCUGGUCGUAUAUACUCGUAUGCCUUUAGACAGAGUCUCACCAGGAAGACGAACUCCUCCAAAAAUCACCGAGAAGGUCCUUCUAAAACAACUCUUCGUCACACCAUACAUUACUUUAUCAAUCAGAUAGAAUCAAAAGUGAAUAGAAAACCAGAAACGCAAAUUUUCUUGAAAGUGUUCAUAAUUCAUAGCCACAAGUGAAAGAUUAACUUCUCAGCGAUUUGUUAGCAGCAAUGAUAUAUUAAGUGAUCUGCUACACUACUGUACAUUAGUUGGCCGCAGGCUGCACAUCAACAUCACCAGUAUCUUAUAGCGGUAUAUAGUUAUUACGACGCCAUCACCGCACACCCACGCCACCAUGGACAUCAUCCCUAAGCCCUCAGGUCUGCGCGUCCCUACUCGCAUCGGGCGUGUGGUGACUAGGAUCUCCAUCCCGUUCACCCCCGAGCCUCCUUCCCCUCAGCCAGCCAAGACCUUCAAGAUCGCUCCGCUCUCCACACCCUCACCUUCUGCAGGAGCCAAAAUGAGUGGAAUGGACAGACACAAAUGUGUACGACGUUUCGAAAGUGGUGCUGCAAAGAGAAAGACAUCUAAAGAAUGUCCAUCAGCUUCAGAACAUCUAGUCAGUGCUUCUGCAAGCUCAUCUUCAAGGCAACCAGAACAAAUACCUGCAUGUGAUGCAUGAGCUUCCUCUUUAUAUGGCAGCUCUAGCCUAUCUACAGGGGGAAAUGACCAGACUGCCGAGGAGAUUGAAAUUGAAUCAAAGCAUGUGCCUCCUGAAGUGCAAAUGGCAACUACACAAAAUUAUUACAUUGACAUUAGCUUAUGGUCAGAACAUUUGACAAAACAAUUUAUUGAUUAUUGGGCUGCGAACGGUUCUGAGAGUCUCCACCACAGUGAUGCUAAAUUUUUGGAUGCAAAAUCAGCAGUACAAAAAGAUGCAAACAAUGUCAGUCACAAAUGCACACCAGCCAUGUUUGAGCGAAGGAAUCGAAAUGGGGAAGUUGUAAAGCGUUCUUGGCUUUGUUUCUCCCCCGCAAAUGGGCGGAUCUACUGCUUCUUUUGUAAGCUAAUGGGUGUUUCAAGAUCUUAAUUCACAUCUGAUGGGUUCUGCGACUGGAAGCAUGCUAAUAGGCUUGUUGUCCAUGAGCAAUCAAAGGACCACAUUCAAGCAGUUUUGUCAGCAGCAAGUCGUGCAAAGGGAGCUGGAGGUAUAGAUUCUAAACUAACUACACAUGUGGGUCAAAUUGAGCAGUAUUGGUGUAGUCUUCUAAAGCGAUUGAUGAGCAUGCUUAAAUUAUAUGUGAAAGAGGGCUAGCUCUUCGUGGAGAUGAUGAAAUAAUUGGAUCUCCUCAUAAUGGAAAUUACUUGGGAUUACUAGAGCUUUUGGCCGAGUAUGAUGAUUUCCUCGGGCAACACAUCCAGAAUCAUGCUACUCGUGGCACUGGUCAUACAAACUAUUUGUCUUCAACCAUCUGUGAAGAAAUUGUCAGACUAAUGGGCAAUGAAGUACUGAACGAAAUUAUCUCACGUAUAAAGCUCUCAAACUAUUACUCAAUUUCUCUAGAUUCCACCCCUGAUGAAGGCCAUAUUGAUGAACUAACUCUGAUAUUCAGAUACAUGGAGCAUGACACACCUGUUGAGAGAUUUGUGAAAUUCUUGCCAAAUCGAGGACACAAGACUCAAGAAAUGUUUGAAGGUUUGAUGAAGUUUCUUGCAGACAAUGACAUUGACAUUCAAAAUUGUCGUGGGCAAUCUUAUGAUAAUGCAACAUCUAUGAGUGGGAGGUACAAUGGUCUGCAAGCCAAAGUUGUAGCUGAAAAUCAUCAUGCAAUUUGGAUACCCUGUGCUGGUCAUUCAUUAAACUUGGUUGGAAAAGCUGCAGCUGAAUGUUGUCAAGAAGCUGUCUCAUUUUUUUUAUUUUCUUGAGGCAAUUUAUGUGUUCUUCACAGCUUCUACACAUCGUUAUGCAAUUCUUAGUGAUUUAUUGAAAACUGUAGCGUCUGGCCCGGUAUCUGUGCCAAAGAGGAUUUCCACAACAAGAUGGUCCUGUCGAGCAGUUGCAGUGAGAGCAGUUGUCCAAGGUUAUCUCCCAAUCCUUGAAGCACUUGCUAAAAUAGCUAGAGAUGAAAAUGAGACGAGCAAAACAUGUUAUGAAGCCAAUGGUCUCCAUGAUAAGAUGUGCAAGUUAGAGACUGCUAUUUAUGCUGCGGUUUGGCAUGACAUUCUUGGCAGAGUUGAUGCAACAAGCUAUGCAUUGCAAGAUCCUAAACUCGAUUUGAACACAGCAGUAGCAAUGCUGAAGUCCUUGGAAUGUUUUGUACGAGAAAAAAGAGAUUGCUUCCAUGUUUAUGAGAAGAAGGGAAGGGAAAUGUCAGAAACUGGGGAUUAUUCACAGACACGUAAUGUACGACUCAAUCCAUUGGAUUAUGGACGAUCAGAAGAAGCAGCCCUCUCACAGUCAGAAAAAUUUCGGGUUCAGAAUUUCCUUCCAGCAAUUGAUCAGUUCCUGAGUUCACUGGAUCAACGGUUAAAGGCCUAUGAGGAAACCUGUUCACUUUUCGGGUUCUUGUCUAAACUGGAGUCAAUGAAUUGUGACGAAAUUGAAGCAGCUGCAGCAAAAUUGGUUGCUGUGUACAAAAAUGAUUUGGAUCAAACACUUGGAGUUGAACUUGUGCAGUUUACAGCAUUCUUCACUCAAUUUCUUGAAGACGAAGAUGAUGAGAAAGGGAGGGCACAUUACCUUUACAAGCUGUUGAUAGACAAGAAAGUUGUAGAUACAUUUCCAAGUGGUGAAAUAAUGCUACGGUGUACUUGGUGCUCAUGGUCACAAAUUGUUCUGGAGAACGUUCUUUCAGUUGAUCAAAAACUUUGCAGCGGCCAGGUCACGUAAAGUGCCUGGUCUGUAAAUAAAGGUAAUGUUUAUUUUCUAUUUUGCAAUUGAUCAAUGUUUGUGUUCAAUAUAUCCAUUAUCCAUGGUAGAUGGCAGUUAU